AUGAGAUCUCUAGCCGCCCUCACUCUGCUUACGCCCUUUGCGGCUGCCAUCUGGCCCCUCCCUUCCAGUUACACCUCUGGCGAUACCGUCCUUUGGAUUGACGGCGGCGUGCAAAUCAGCUACAAUGCCGCGAACAAUGUAGGCUCUAUACCAGUGGCCAAUGCUUUGAAGGAGUACGCUCCCGUCGAUCCACAGCUAACGACAAAUCCUCAGUCUUAUCCCCACAGCUACUGGAACAAGAACCGGAAUAGCACGGCAGGCCACCGACCUUCUCAGCAGAUCAUACAGUACGCUAUCCAGCGCACGUACGACACCAUCUUGAAGAAGAACUUCGUGCCGUGGAAGUUUCACGAGCGCAAUGAAGACUUCGAGCCUCCCACAGAGGGCAAGAUUUACAUCAGCCACAUCAGCCUUCAGCAGAACGCCGCAGACCCGGACAACAUCCUAACGCCCAGGGCCGGAGACGUGGACGAGUCGUACAGCUUGACUCUAACGGAGGACGGUGAGGCUACGAUCGAGGCGGAGACGUCAAUUGGCCUGGUUCGAGGCUUGACAACCUUCACUCAGCUUUUCUACAAGCAUUCCGCAGGUGGUGCCUACACGCCUUUCGCGCCAGUAGAGAUCGAGGAUGAGCCGAAGUUCCCUCACCGCGGACUGAACAUGGACACCGCCAGGAACUACUUCUCCGUGUCAGACAUCAAGAGGACAAUCGAUGCCAUGGCUUACAACAAGUUCAACCGCCUCCACUGGCACAUCACAGACGCCCAAUCGUGGCCGCUUGAGAUUCCAGCCCUGCCAGAGCUCGCAGCCAAGGGAGCUUACAGGAGGGACCUGACCUACACCCCCGGCGAUUUUGAGGAGAUCCAGUACUUUGCUGCGAUCCAAGGCGUGGAGGUCAUUGUCGAAAUCGACAUGCCCGGCCACACGUCGUCAAUCUGGUUCAGCCAGCCGGAGCUGAUCGCCGCAUUCAACGCCCAGCCGGACUGGAACACCUACUGCGCCGAGCCGCCGUGCGGAUCACUGAAGCUGAAUUCCACAGCCGUUUACGAUUUCUUGGGGACGAUGUGGGAUGACCUGCUGCCUCGAGUGAGGUCUUCUUACUUCCACACCGGUGGCGAUGAAGUCAAUAUCAAUACGUACCUGCUUGACGACACAGUGCGUUCGAACGACACGGCUGUGCUCCAGCCGCUGAUGCAGCGCUUCAUCGACUUCAACCACGACCGGGUGCGCGAAGCUGGCCUGACGCCUGUGGUGUGGGAGGAGAUGCUUCUGACGUGGAACCUGACGCUGGGCGACGACGUCGUGAUCCAGACGUGGCAGAGCGACGAAGCGGUCGCAGAGGUCGUCGCGGCGGGCCACAAGGCGCUUGUCGGCAACUACAACUAUUGGUACCUCGACUGCGGCAAAGGGCAAUGGAUCGACUUCGCCCCCGGCUUCGCCUCCCAAAAGUACUUCCCCUACAACGACUACUGCUCCCCGCGCAAGAACUGGCGGCUGAUGUACUCCUACGACCCGCUGCACGGCAUCCCAGCCAACUCCUCCCACCUCGUGCUCGGCGGCGAGUGCCACAUCUGGGCCGAGCAGACGGACCCGAUCAACUUCGACGACAUGGUGUGGCCCAGGGCCUGCGCGGCGGCCGAGGUGCUGUGGAGCGGCGCGAAGGACGAGAACGGGCAGAAUAGGAGCCAGAUUGAGGCGAGUCCGCGAUUGUCGGAGAUGAGGGAACGGCUGGUUGCGAGAGGGGUUAGAGCUGAGCCGAUCCAGAUGCCGUUUUGCAUCAUGAAUGGGACGCAGUGCUCGUUGGCGACUUGA